AUGAUUUCACGUACACUUCUUCGAAAUGUUUUGUCAUCGAAUGUUCAGAAAUCGUGUGGUUUGCAACGAACGUUUGGAAUAUUCAGCGGAUCAUCGAAAAAAGAUGUGUCUCGAUCAAAAUGUUUCUUUGAUGUGAAUGUAGAAGAUAAGCCGCUUGGACGAAUCACAUUUCAACUUUAUAAUGAUGUCGUUCCGAAAACUGCAGAGAACUUCCGAGCUUUGUGUACUGGCGAAAAAGGAUUUGGUUAUAAAAACUCCACAUUUCAUCGAGUAAUUCCUAAAUUUAUGUUACAAGGUGGAGAUUUCGAACGACAUAAUGGUACUGGUGGAUACAGUAUCUAUGGUAACAAAUUCGCCGAUGAAAAUUUCCAAAUCAGACAUGAAAAAGAAGGUUUACUUUCCAUGGCUAAUGCCGGCAAGAAUACCAACGGUUCGCAAUUCUUCAUUACAACGGUUUCGACCCCUUGGCUCGACGGCAAACAUGUUGUUUUCGGUGAAGUUGUCGAUGGUCUGGAUACAGUGAAAAAAAUCGAAGCAUUAGGUUCUCAAUCAGGUCGAACUCAGAAGAAGAUAACAAUUGCUGAUUGCGGAGAAAUAGCAAGCGAAAAAUCUAAACAAUAG